UUCCAGCUUCAUUGGUGGCCAUGAAAACAGAGCAAAAGUUAUCCAAGUCUUCGUGGACUAAAGUGGUAGUUAGGAAAUGGUUGAAUAUGAGGAGCAAAUCUGAGGAAUUUCAUUCCGAUCAAAUAAUAGAUGUGAUGGGUGGUAGAGGUGAAAGAAGAAGAAAGAGUUGCUCCGACGACGGGAGUUGCGCCGUCGUGCCGGAGGAAUUAUCGGAAAGGUGGUUGAUGGAAAGAAAUGGAGGAAUUGAAGAGCCAAUAUUGAGUGAAAAGACUUCCACUCAUCAAAACCUCAGGUAA